AUCUUUCUGCUACACACACAAGGCCUUCUUGAAAAGUGGAAAAAACAGCUAGAAAAUCUUCUUGUUUUCUUGUUCUUGGGGUGUUUCUUGAUCAGGGUUUAUCUUUCAUUUGACACUCUCAUUGCUGAGUUUGUGGGCUAACAAGACUGUGAAGAUAUGGAGAAUACUCUACACUUUGUGUUUGGAAUUUUUGGGAAUGCCUUUGCUCUGUUUCUGUUCUUGGCACCAUUGAUUACUUUCAAGAGGAUUGUGAAGAAGAGGUCCACAGAGCAGUUUUCUGGAAUUCCCUAUGUCAUGACCUUACUCAACUGCUUGCUUUCUUGUUGGUAUGGUCUGCCUUUUGUGUCUCCAAACAACCUGCUUGUGUCAACGAUAAACGGAACAGGCGCUGCCAUUGAAUCCGUUUACGUGUUGAUCUUUCUCAUAUUUGCACCAAAGAAAGAGAAGGGCAAGAUUCUGGGACUGCUGUCUAUUGUACUCGCCGUUUUUGCAACUGUUGUGUUUGUCUCUCUCUUUGCCCUCCAUGGCAAUGCCAGGAAGCUUUUCUGUGGAAUUGCGGCCACCGUCUUUUCCAUCAUUAUGUAUGGUUCACCCUUGACAAUCAUAAGGCUGGUGAUCAAGACAAAAAGUGUGGAAUUCAUGCCGUUCUUCUUGUCCUUGUUUGUAUUCUUGUGCGGUACAUCAUGGUUUGUCUUUGGCCUCCUUGGGAAGGACCCCUUUGUUGCUAUUCCGAAUGGAUUUGGCUGUGGAUUAGGAGCAGUGCAACUGAUACUGUAUGCCAUAUACCGUGAUAACAAAGGCCAAAACAAGGGAUCCCUGGAGAUGGAGAAGACCAACAGCAAAUCCCACCAAGAGAAGCCAUCGAACAGUCUUCAUUCUCAAGAUGAACAAGUGUAGAUGAGAGUCUCCAAGAACAUCAUCUCGACUGACUGUUGCCCGAUUCCAGUUCAUCUUGAACUUAUCUGUUAUGUGGAGAUACUGCUUUUUAAGCCUUUUGUGCUCUCCUUUGACUGUAGGCCAUGUUAAUGAUUCACUUGGGCCAACGAUUUUCUAUGCUAAGUUUGAUAACACCAUCAUACUUGCUUUGGUUGAAUGUCAUUUUCAAUUUCCUGUGGCUGAAGGUACCUGAAGCUGACAUUUUGCUAUCGAUCUUCUUACGUCGUGGCUGUGACUUUAACGGGACGAUUCACAACUUUUGUUUUGUAGUUAUCCUGCUUUCUUAUGUUAUUGAAUUAAGUGAAAAAAGUAUGCAUUCAAGAACAAGAGAUGGAUUUAGCCCUGAGGCCCACUAUUAGAAGGUUAUGGAUAUUAGCCUGACAGAGAAUGGGUUCUUAGGAAUGUGUCUUUUUCACUCUCUUUUAUAUAGCCAAACAGAUUAGGAUGCUGAAAUCUGGCCUUAAAAAUAUUGGUGAAAGGGCUGUAGCUGUACUGUUGAGAAAGGCAAUUCUGUUAAGAAUUUGCUUCCUGUGUUCACGGUUGUAUAAUUAAUGUCCUAAUCUGAAGGACAAGUGCACAAGAAA